AGUUACCUGGACUGGAAUAAAUCCUUCCUUGUAGUGCAGACCUCAGGUGACCAUGUGACCAGACAUCUCUCUCUCUCUCAGGGCUAUGUGAAGCGGCAGGCUCUGUAUGCCUGUAACACCUGCACGCCAAAGGGCAGCGAGGCGGCCGGCAUCUGUUUGGCGUGCUCCUACAAAUGUCACGAAGGUCAUGACCUCUUUGAACUGUACACUAAGAGGAACUUCCGCUGUGACUGUGGAAACGGGAAGUUCUCGGAGCUGCAGUGUAAACUCCAUCCGGACAAAGAUGAGGUAAACAGUCUGAAUAAAUACAGUCAGAAUUUCUUUGGAGUUUACUGCACCUGCGGCCGACCGUACCCGGACCCAGAGGAUCAGGUGGAGGAUGAGAUGAUUCAGUGUGUGGUGUGUGAGGACUGGCUGCACGGCCGGCACCUGGGCUGUGUGGUUCCAGACUGCGUGGAGCUUCAGGAGAUGAUCUGCGAGUCCUGUAUGAAAACACACUCGUUUCUCUGGACCUACGCUUCGCACCUAGCAGUACCGGGUGGAGCAGCGGAGGUGAAGGAGGAAACGGCAAAAGAGCCCACCGUUCCCAUCAAAGAAGAAGAGGUUGAUGAUGCCAUUGAGCCUAGCUGCAAGCGGAGCCGUGAGGAAGUGGAGCCGAGGUGCAGACUGAAGGAGCUGCAGGUAAUUGGUCAGAAAAGAGUCCAAUCAGGAGCUGUGUUCUGGCCUUCACCGUGGCGUUCCAAACUCUGCUCCUGCAGAAUGUGCCAGCUGCGCCUGCUUGAAGCUGGUCUGUCCUUCCUGUUGGACGAGUCAGACACAGUCCUCGCCUACGAAAACAAAGGAAAGAACAGUGAGCAGAGACGACAGGAAGACGACCCUCUCAUGUCAGCGCUCGACAACCUGAACCACGUGCAGCAGCUCGAGAUCAUCCAUGGAUACAAUGACAUGAAAACUGAGCUGAAGGACUUCCUGCAGAGAUUUGCAGCUGAAGGAAAAGUUGUGACAUCUGAUGACAUUCGUCAGUUCUUCGAGCAGCAGAGUCGUAAAAGACGCAGAGUUGAUGCCGGAGAGUUCUACUGCACCUGAUCCCCCCUGACCUCGCCUCCAUCUGCUGAUCUUUCAUCCCUGAUUAAAUGGAACCUGUUGUGUGUUUCCUGUUUUAACUUUUCUUUAAAAUCUGUCUGACAUGUUGAACAACCUCUUUGUUUCUCAGUAUUGUUUCCUUUUUAAACAAUCUAAUAAAACAAUCUGAACAUGGCAA